ACUCCCUCGCGCUGGUCGAGGGCAUCUUCAACGUCGCCAAUUCAAGACGGCCAGGCAAUCAACACUGCGACUUACCCCCGACACCCCCACGUCUCCGCACCCACCAGUUCCAAUUGCAAGGCGGCAUUUGGACACAUUUACACACGCCGUCGCAAAAGGCCACGUUAGGCGGAGGAAGAGCGGGACAAGUUUACACACCUGCGGAGAGAGCUAGCCGUUCGGAGCUGCACUACAACACCAUGGACAAGAAGCACGAGGAUGCUGGCGGCGUCGCCCAGAUUGACAAGACGUCCGUGUUCCAAGAAGCACGAGUAUUCAACCAGAGCCCUAUAUCGCCCAGGAAAUGUAGAGUGAUCCUGACCAAGCUGGCCCUGCUGCUCUUCACCGGGGAGAGCUGGGGACGGCAGGAAGCCACAACCCUCUUCUUUGGCAUAUCGAAGCUGUUCCAGAACAAGGAUGCCUCGCUCCGCCAGAUGGUCUACCUGGUCAUCAAGGAGCUCGCUGGCUCCGCCGACGAUGUUAUCAUGGUCACCUCCUCCAUAAUGAAGGACACAUCCGUCGGCAGCGACGUCGUAUACCGCCCCAACGCCAUCCGCGCCCUCUGCCGCGUCAUCGACGCCUCUACCGUGCAGGCCAUCGAGCGUCUCGUCAAGACGUGCAUAGUCGACAAGAACCCCUCCGUGUCCUCGGCCGCCCUCGUCUCGUCGUACCAUCUUCUCCCAGUCGCCAAGGAUGUCGUUCGAAGAUGGCAGUCCGAGGCUGCGGAAGCUGCGUCUGGAAGCAAGUCGGGUGGAGGUUUCUUGGGAGGAUUCGGAGGAGGCUCGCAUAGCGCCCUGCAGGCCAGCACAAACUACAUGACACAGUACCAUGCAAUUGGUCUCCUCUACCAAAUGCGCUCCGGCGACAGGAUGAGCUUGGUCAAGAUGGUGCAGCAAUACUCGGCUGCUGGCGUCGUCAAGAGCCCUGCUGCUACCGUCUUGCUGGUCAGACUGGCUGCUAAGCUCGCUGAAGAGGACCCGAACCUACGCAAGCCCAUGAUGCAACUUCUCGACGGCUGGUUGCGCCACAAGUCGGAAAUGGUCAACUUCGAAGCUGCAAAGGCCAUCUGCGACAUGCGCGAUGUCACCGAUGCCGAACUCGUACAAGCCGUUCACGUCCUCCAGCUCUUCCUCACGUCCCCUCGCUCCGUCACCAAGUUUGCCGCCCUUCGCAUCUUGUCGCAAAUGGCUUCCUUCAAGCCGGAUGCUGUCCGAUCAUGCAACCAAGACAUCGAAUCGCUCAUCACAAACUCGAACCGCAGUAUCGCAACUUUCGCCAUUACUACACUCCUCAAGACGGGCAACGAGUCUUCAGUUGACAGACUGAUGAAGCAGAUUACAGGCUUCAUGGCUGAGAUUACUGACGAGUUCAAAGUCACCAUUGUAGAAGCUGUCCGAACGCUGGCACUGAAGUUCAAGGCGAAGCAGUCUGGAUUCCUUGCUUUCCUCAGUGGCAUCCUGCGCGACGAAGGUGGUUACGAGUUCAAGCGAUCUGUUGUGGAGGCCAUCAUGGAUCUCAUCCGCUUCGUACCCGAGGCCAAGGAAGAUGCGCUUGCUACCCUGUGCGAGUUCAUCGAAGAUUGCGAGUUCACCAAGCUCGCCGUCAGGAUUCUUUUCGUUCUUGGACGCGAGGGCCCCUCAACACCCCACCCCACCAAGUACAUUCGCUACAUCUACAACCGCGUAGUCUUGGAGAAUGCCAUCGUUAGGGCUGCCGCAACCUCUGCUCUUUCCAAGUUUGGCGUUGGACAGAAGGACCCUGAAAUCAAGAAGUCGGUCCACGUUCUCCUCACAAGGUGUCUCGAUGAUGUUGAUGACGAGGUCCGUGAUCGAGCUGCGCUUAGCCUUCGUUUGAUGGACCAGGAAGACGACGACAUGGCUGUCAGCUUCAUUCGCAACGACUCGAUGUUCUCGCUCCCUGUACUAGAGCACCAGUUGGCUAUGUACGUCAGCUCGGAUUCCCGUGAUACCUUCGAGACAGCCUUCGACAUCACUAAGAUCCCAACCGUUUCACGUGAACAAGCAGAUGCGGCGGAUCUUACCAAGAAGACCGAAGGCGCUACUCCAACACUCAAGGCGCCCAGCGCGGCCAAAGCACCAUCAAAGGCGGGUGCCGAUGCCGCCGCAAGCGCAGCAUCAAAUGCUCAGAAAUACGCUACAGAACUGCAAAAGAUUCCAGAGUUGGCAGCGCACGGUGGUGUGCUCAAAUCAAGCGACGUCGUCGAACUUACAGAAUCCGAGACCGAAUACGUCGUCACUGCCAUUAAGCACAUUUUCAAGGAUCACAUUGUCAUCCAAUAUGACAUCAAGAACACUCUUGAGGACACCGUAUUGACAGAUGUGGAGAUGGUUGUCACACCAGAGGAUGAUGGAGACGUGCAAUUAGAAGAAGAAUUCGUUAUCCCAGCGCCCAAGCUCGCCACCAACGAGCCCGGUACCGUUUACGUAUCCUUCAAGCGCUUGGAGACCGAGUCGCAAUUCAUCGCCGCCAGCUUCACCAACGUACUCAAGUUCACAAGCAAGGAGAUCGAUCCAAGUACGAACGAACCAGAGGAAGGCGAUGGAUACCCAGACGAGUAUCAGGUUGAGGAUCUGUACCUCACCGGUGCUGACUACGUUGUUCCGGCAUAUGCAGGCAGCUUCGAUAACGUUUGGGAUCAGUCGAAUGGCGAUUCGGCAACCGAGACAUUGCAGUUGGGUAACAUGAAGAGCAUAUCAGAUGCAACUGAGCAACUUACCAAGACACUCUCCCUCCAACCUCUCGAAGGUACAGACGUCACUCUGUCAACUUCAACACAUACUCUCAAGCUUUACGGCAAGACCAUCACAGGCGGCAAGGUUGCUGCGAUGGUGCGGAUGGCCUUCAGUGCUAAGACUGGUGUGACGAUGAAGAUUGACGUAAGGAGCGAGGAAGAAGGUGUCGCUGCAUUGGUCGUAGGUAGCGUGGCGUAGGUGAUGGUAGGCCGAGAUUUGUUUAGUAGCGUGUCUUGAAAGCGUAAAAGGUCAACGGGCUUCUUAGUAGAACUCUUGAUAUGCACAGCUC